AUGGCACAGCAUCAAGACCUUAAAAGAAAAGGAGGUGCUGAUCCUGAUCAUCAGAUGUCAAGAAAUCAUGCCCCUCCUCCUCCUCCUCCUCCUCCUCCUCUAAGUAUUGAAGUGCCUAAAAUGAGAGAUCUUCCAAACAAGUCAAACCCUUGGAGUGAUGUCCAGCUUCCUGUUGACAUUCUCCUGUUGACAUUAGAAGACAUCGAGUUUUUAGCUUGUUAUUAUUUCUUGGAAAAUUCUUUUAAAAGUUAUCACCAGACCCUGGGAUACGUUUACUUUGGGACCAUGGGUGAAAGCGGAGAAGCUGAGGCACUGAAAGUUGCGUUAAUGAGAUGUUGUAAAGGUUCUUCUGGUCCAGGUGGCUCUCAAAAUGUUAUUAAAAAUGCAGUGAUGCAACUGAGACCCAAGGCUGUUUUUUCCGUAGGCGAAUGCAUAGGUUUAAACCCAGAAGAUACUAAGCUAGGAGAUGUAGUGGUAUCCUCUAAACUUUCAACUGAACAAUUCACAACUCCAGUGAGAAGAAAUAUUGGCAAUCUUAACUUGUCUUCAAAUGAAGGCUGGAAUCCACCAUUAAAAGAUCCAGUAGGGGAAAAAACAGUACGGGUACACCGUGACAGUGUCAUAUUCAGUGGUAGUCAAUUCAUCACCAAACAACGCCGCAUGUCUCAAUCUUGCGAGAUUGCAGUUGAAGGGGAAGGGGAAGGUAAGAUUAGAUGCAUAUAACUAUUGAAACAAUUUGAUGUAGCAUUCGAUUUGAGGUCUACAACUUUAAACUGUCCUUUUCGGCAACCUCUUGUAACUAUGGCAGAACCACUGAGUACCUAUAUAAUUACCGCCAGCCAUGUUUGACCAUGGGGAUAUAGGACCAAUGGUGUGUGAGCAGGUUAUUCUGGGGAUGUACUUUACAAUUAUUGCGCAGGGAACAUAAAUUAUUAAGCUUAAAAGAUUAAAAAGUUUUAGUCACUACACUGCAGAGAAAAAUCUGAGCUUUUAUCUCCUCUAGAUUCUUCUUCACAGUGGAUUGAAUAAGGAUCAUUUUCAUAUUGUAUGCCGGUCUGUUUGUUCUUUCCACUUAUAGGACUGUUUGCUGCAGCCCAUGAUAUGAACAUUGAAUGGGUGAUUGUUAAAGGGAUAUCACACUUUUCUGAUGAUAACAACACUCCUGAUGAGUCUUGGAAGUCAUUUGCUUCCAUUAUGGCAGCUUCUGUUGUGUCCAACAUGUUAAAUGAUCCUGUUGUUUUUAAAGAAUGGCCUCACUAUGAAGGUAUGUCACAUCCCUGCUUGUUCUAA